ACCGCUGGGGUAUUGAUAAUCAAUUUGGUCUUCGUUGGUCUUGCCGCUAGAAUCUCAAGGCGAUACACAAACGGAUUUUUGCCCACUGCUUUGGUGUAUCGAGGGAUUUGCACCUUAUUCAACCGAUGGGAAACGGCGUUAAGUCUGGUAGUCAAUAUUUUAAGUGAAGUUGUUCUGUGUGCAAGCAAUUAUGCCAUGCAAACCUUGGUUGCCCCAACUCGAGAUGAAUUGAAUUGGUCUCAUUCACAACAUAAAUGGCUCGAUAUCGGAUCCACCAGUUUCAGAAAUCUCUUUGCAAUCCCAAAAUCUCGCCUUGCGCUAUGGUUUGUGCUCAUUAUCACAGCGACUUCAUUCCAUUUGCUCUUACUUUCGAUUGUAUUCAAAUCAAUCCCUACAAACUUCUACGAUGUCAUUUUAGGGCCGUCAGAUCUCCAUCCUCAUGAUAUUCAAAGUAUUAGCACACCUAACCUGCAAAAUUGCCUUGGCAGAUAUCCUUAUGAUUUCCCUUGGUCAGCGGAGUAUAGGUGGGAUGACUUCGUCUCAGAUUUGGAAUCGGAUAACUUCAAGACUCUCAGUAACGACGAAUGCAAAGAAUACACCGACCAGAAUACCCAAGCGGGAGUCAAGUUUAUGAUGAUGUUAACCAACGAAACAUCAGUCCAGGAGGGGGCAAUCAAUCUGUAUUCUUUGGCUCAACUGUUGAAGGUGGAACAUGGACAGGACAAUACUACAUUCAAGGUGGUAAAAUAUCGGCAUGAUCCUCUGCACAUGUGUCUGCAUCGCCAUACAUAUACUUCAAUGAUUCUGGGAUAG